UCAAAAUGAAUUUAAUACUUCAAAAUUGGCAUGUGUUAAAAUGAAUAGUUUGGUUUCAGAAUAUCAUUCAGAAUACGGUCCAUGCUUUGGUUGUAAUAAGAAUAAUUUUGACAUGUAUAUUGAUUCAAAACACUUGCAUAUUUCUAAUACUAAUAUUUAUCCCAAUUUAAAAAACUUUGUUUCACUAAAUUCGACUCUUCUUAUAGAGGAUUAUGAAGUUUGGCAUGUAUCUAAAAAGGGAGUUCAGAAUUGUGCAGCGG